AUGGGUUCAUUUUCGGGGACUUGCGAAAUUGUUGAAGCGAGGGAAGAACUAAAGACAGUGAAAGAUUCGGGGAGAUAUCUGUCCAGUUCUGGAUAUGGUAUGGCUGAGAAAAAUCAGAAGCUUCCUGCGCUGAAACUGGGAUACAAGUAUAAUCUAGACGAUGAUAUUAACAAGCUGUUUGAAUCAAUUGCUCUCAAAUCUUCAUCAAGAGAUUUGAGCUAUCUACCAGAUGGAACAAGUCCUAGGAUGAAAAGUGCGUUAAAAAAGCCAAUGAUUGUGGGCAUACCUCGAUCCCCGCGAGUUGGGACUUCUGAGCCAGUCACUUUGAAGCAGGCAUUAAGAGACCUAUGUAUAUCUAAGGCAUCGGAAAUGGCUGCUACUAAGAGGUUAUCAAAGUCAGGAGCUUCUCCAAGAAUAUCAGAGGUUGGGAAGAUACAGACAUUGUACAAUUCGGUCGUCGCUGAUGAUGCUAGGAGAUCCGGGCCUUCUAAUGUUGACAGUAAACGGAGUUCAAAUGAAAUAUCUCUGGUGCUAGAAGAACGCAAGUCACGUGCCCUGAAUAAAGAAUCUCAAUCUCAUCAAACUUCCAAAAGCACAUCAUUGAGCCAAAAUGCUCAUUCUUUCAAAAUCACAGUUGCAACUACACAAAAUGAAAGUGAUUUGGAAUGUUCAUCAAGUAAAGUUAAGGAUUCACUCCAAUCAUCAGUACCUUCUCAAAUUGAAAAUCAAACAUCCGCCUCUUCUUCUAUAUCUUGUUGCAACACCAAUGGAAGUAAAGUAGAGUUGCGUGAAAAAGAUUCCUCCCCUAAGAAAUUGGGAAAUAAAGCAUCUAUGUCAAAGAAUGUGCGGAAAGGUACAUUACAAACUACAUCUUCCUUGUCUACUUCAGUAAAUGGUAGUAGAGCUUGUAAACUUUCGCGUAGCCCCCGAACAGUGAAAUUGGCCAUCAAAAACAAGGAUUCAGGUAAGAAGAAACUAAAACAGGGUUCAGAUUCUGCUUUAUCUGCUCCUCCAUGCAAUGAAACAAAUAGUAAGUCAGUUCCUGCUAGUACAACGCCACUUGUUUGCGAGAGAUGUUGGUGUGAAAUAGAAAAUACAAAUAUAGAAAACAGCAAAGAUAUUGUAACAUCGGGCUCUCUCAGCCCUGCAGAUGGAAUAAACUUGAAGAGUGUGCUCUCUGGGCCAGCUUCAACUGGUUGUAAUAGCAGCCGAGAAUUUGCAAAAAUGAAAAAGAAUAGCAGAUUGAAAGAGCAGCUUGAAUUUUCUCAGAGUUCAAAGAGCAGCCAAGGUGACUACAGUAGUAGUACAAGUACCAGCGACGAGAGUAACGUUAGUGGUUCUAGUUGCGGCAAUAGACCUCACAUGUCAAAGGAUUUUAGAUGGCAGGCCAUACGGGAUGCUCAAGUUCAGCACAGAGUCUUGGGCUUGAGACACUUCAAUCUUUUGAAAAAACUUGGUUGUGGAGACAUUGGUACUGUAUAUCUUUCAGAACUAAUUGGCCAAAAUUGUUUGUUUGCUAUAAAAGUAAUGGACAAUGAAUUUUUGGCAAGAAGGAAGAAGAUGCCUAGGGCUCAAACUGAAAGGGAAAUUUUGCGAAUGCUGGAUCAUCCUUUUCUUCCAACACUCUAUGCGCAGUUUACAUCAGAAAAUCUGUCAUGUCUGGUCAUGGAGUACUGUCCUGGAGGAGAUCUUCAUGUUCUACGUCAGAAACAACUUGGUAGAUGUUUUUCAGAGCCAGCAGCAAGGUUUUACGUAGCUGAAGUCCUUCUUGCUUUGGAGUACUUACACAUGCUUGGAGUUGUUUACCGUGAUUUGAAACCAGAAAACAUUCUUGUUCGAGAAGAUGGUCACAUUAUGCUCACCGAUUUUGACCUUUCACUCAGGUGCGAUGUUAGCCCAACGCUUCUGAAAUCGUCUUCUGAUAAAGACCCUGCCAAGGUUUCUGGCCCAUAUGCAAAGUCAAAUUGCAUUGAACCAUUCUGCAUUGAACCAUCUUGUCAAGUUUCAUGCUUCAGUCCUAGAUUCUUACCACCUGCGGCAAAAGCAAGGAAGCUAAAAGCCGAUCUUGCUGCUCAUAUCAAAUCAUUGCCACAGCUCGUGGCAGAGCCCACGGAUGCUAGAUCAAAUUCAUUUGUUGGUACUCAUGAAUACCUAGCACCCGAGAUCAUCAAAGGAGAAGGACACGGAGCUGCAGUUGAUUGGUGGACAUUCGGUGUUUUUCUUUAUGAGCUUUUAUACGGUAGAACACCCUUCAAAGGUUCCAAUAACGAAGAAACCUUAGCCAAUGUCGUCUUGCAAAAUCUCAGAUUCCCUGAUAGCCCUUUUGUUAGUUUCCAAGCAAGGGAUCUUAUCAAAGGGUUGUUAGUUAAAGAGCCUGAAAACCGUUUGGGUACAGAGAAAGGCGCUGCAGAGAUUAAACAACAUCCCUUCUUCGAGGGCCUUAACUGGGCCUUAAUACGAUGUGCCAUCCCACCAGAACUUCCAGACCUUUGUGAAUUUGUGUUGGGAGUUUCAGACAUGAUUGCAGAGUCACAAAGCAAUGGUGGUAAAUAUUUAGAAUGUGCAACAACAGGAGAACAAGUGGAAUUUGAGUUGUUUUAG